AUGGACAGUAGCACCUUGAGCCCCGCGGUCACCGCCACAGAUUCACCCAUCCCGUCCCAUGAACGCAUUCGCAAUGCGGCUGACAUCUCAGUCAUUGUCAUCUACUUCGUGGUGGUGAUGGCUGUCGGGCUGUGGGCUAUGUUUUCCACUAAUCGUGGGACUGUUGGAGGCUUCUUCCUGGCAGGCCGAAGUAUGACGUGGUGGCCGAUUGGAGCCUCUCUCUUUGCCAGUAACAUUGGAAGUGGUCACUUUGUGGGACUGGCAGGGACAGGAGCAGCCUCAGGCAUUGCCAUGGGAGGCUUUGAAUGGAACGCCUUGAUUUUUGUGGUUGUGCUGGGCUGGAUAUUCGUCCCUAUUUACAUCAGGGCUGGAGUGGUGACGAUGCCAGAGUAUCUGCGGAAGCGGUUUGGAGGCAAGCGAAUCCAGAUCUACCUUUCCGUUCUGUCCGUGUUGCUUUACAUUCUUACCAAGAUCUCAGCAGACAUCUUCUCUGGAGCUAUAUUCAUCAAUCUAGCCUUGGGCCUGGAUAUAUACUUGGCCAUCAUUAUCCUACUAGCAAUCACCGCCCUUUAUACAAUCACAGGGGGCCUGGCAGCAGUGAUUUACACAGAUGCCUUGCAGACAGCCAUCAUGAUGGUGGGGUCUAUUAUCCUGACUGCAUUUGCUUUCAAUGAAGUAGGAGGGUAUGAGGCAUUCAUGGAGAAGUACAUGAAAGCCAUUCCAUCUAUGGUUUCUGAUGGAAAUUUGACCAUCAAGGAAGAAUGUUACACUCCCAAGGCGGACUCAUUCCAUAUAUUCCGAGAUCCUCUUACGGGAGACAUUCCAUGGCCUGGGCUCAUCUUUGGCCUGUCUAUCCUUGCCCUGUGGUACUGGUGCACAGACCAGGUGAUUGUGCAGCGCUGCCUCUCAGCUAAGAACAUGUCUCACGUGAAGGCCGGCUGUACCCUGUGCGGCUAUCUGAAGCUGACGCCCAUGUUCCUCAUGGUGAUGACAGGGAUGGUCAGCCGGAUUCUAUACACAGAUAAAAUCGCCUGUGUCCUCCCCUCGGAAUGUAUGAAGUACUGCGGUACCUCAGUUGGCUGUACCAACAUCGCCUAUCCAACCUUGGUGGUGGAGCUCAUGCCUAAUGGACUUCGAGGCCUGAUGUUGUCAGUGAUGAUGGCUUCACUCAUGAGCUCUUUGACCUCCAUCUUCAAUAGUGCCAGCACGCUCUUUACCAUGGACAUCUACACCAAGAUCCGGAAGAGAGCAUCUGAGAGGGAGCUCAUGAUUGCAGGAAGGUUGUUCAUCCUUGUGCUGAUUGGCGUCAGCAUUGCCUGGGUGCCAAUCGUGCAGUCUGCUCAAAGUGGACAGCUCUUUGAUUAUAUCCAGUCUAUCACCAGCUACUUGGGGCCACCCAUUGGGGCCGUCUUCAUGCUUGGUAUUUUCUGCAAGAGAGUCAAUGAACAAGGAGCCUUCUGGGGAUUGAUUCUAGGCUUUUUGAUUGGGAUCUCCCGUAUGAUUGCUGAGUUUGCCUAUGGAACCGGGAGCUGCAUGGAGCCCAGCAACUGUCCCACGAUCAUCUGCGGGAUCCACUAUUUGUACUUUGCCAUCAUCCUCUUUUUUAUCUCUGUUAUCACCAUCUUGACCGUCUCCUUCCUCACCAAGCCCAUUCCAGAUGUGCACCUGUACCGUCUGUGUUGGAGUUUACGCAACAGCAAAGAAGAGCGGAUCGACCUGGAUGCUGGAGAUGAGGACACCUGGGAGGACCGUAACGAUACAAUUGAGAUAGACACAGAAGCUCCCCAAAAGGAGAAAGGAUGUUUCAGGAGGGCAUAUGACAUGUUCUGUGGGCUAGACCAGGACAAAGGACCAAAGAUGACUAAGGAAGAGGAGGAAGCCAUGAAACUGAAGAUGACAGACACGUCUGAGAAGCCUUUGUGGCGGACAGUGGUAAACAUUAACGGCAUCAUCCUGCUGGCCGUGGCUGUCUUCUGCCAUGCCUAUUUUGCUUGAAUCCUGCCUUCUGUUGUGGACUUGGCAGGUCUGGAUUUGCUAUUUCCCUCUAGACCCAUUCUGUGGUAGUAAGGGGGAAAUUGGUGAGUUGUAAUUUUACCCAUUUGGAUAAAAUACAGACAUGUGUGAUUAUAGGUUUGCUGGAGGAAAAUAAUUAUGUUGCUGUGAAUUUUUGCAUCUGAGGCCAGUGUGGCACACUGAUCAGUCUCUACUAGAGCUUUAGAAGAGAAAUUGACUCAGAUCCAGGAGAAGUCCAACAGACACAAAAGCCCGUGUGGGCUGAUGCUACUCUGCCUCAGUACAUCUAGCUUGUAAUUAUUGUUUAUAACCCUUCAAGACUUAUUUUUUAAAAUUGCAAUCUGGUUCCUGUCAUGGUCCUAUCUGACCCUCUCUCCUUUUUUUUUUUUUUAAGAAAUCUCUUCCCCUGUCAUCACAUACCUCUAGAUUUUUUUCAAUAAAAAGAAAAUCAAUUUGACAAGUAGAUGAAUGCCCAGAAGCUGAGGACAGGGACAGAGCUGGUGGUCUCAAGGGGACAGUAUUUAUUUGAAGUGGGGGAUUCACACCAGUUGAGGGUGCGGACAGUCUUGAGCUUGUUGUUAUAGAAGCAAGAAAACCUGAAGAGAGUUGUUUGAGGUGUUGUCUCAUUCCCCUUCAGCUAGGCUGAGAAGAUGGAAAGUGGGAAUUACUCAUGGCCAGCACAGCGCAGAGUGCUGUCUCAGAAGGCUCUGUGGUAGGUUGUGAGUGUUGAGAGGAGAAAAGGAAGGGAUUGAAACUUGUGGGUG